AUGGGGAGGAGGACGACUAAGGGUGAGGAAGAUGGUGAUGAUGUAAACAAUGGUGAUGUGACGGUAGUCAUGGUAUUGAGGGUGCGCAUGGCGAUGCAGAUAAAGCUGAUGAUAAGCGAUAAUUGUUAUGAGGAUGAUGGAACUAUAUCUACAUGGGAGAUGACUACAGUGCCCCUAUUCGUGCCAGCCAGAAAUGACAUCGACGAAUGCCUCAACAGCCACGUCUGCCCUGAGAAUUCUCACUGUAUCAAUUCCAUAGGGAGCUACAGCUGUCAGUGCAAGACUGGCUUCGUGUCUGGGGACUCUGGCUGUGAAGUUUUCAGUGGCACUUCCAGACUAGUAUGGGCCAGGAAAAGAAGUCUGGAGUUUGACAAGUACAAAACAGGCAGUGGAGACUUUGUGGACCUCAGAAGCUUGGAUCCCCAAGCGAUCAUGGGGAUGGUAGGGACUGAUAUUGAUGAAUGUUCUGUGACACCCACCGUCUGUGGUCCCAACUCAGUCUGUACAAACUUUCAAGGGAGAUAUGAGUGCAGCUGCCUGCCUGGGUUCUCUUCUCACAAUGAAAUUACCUCAAUCUCAGACAAGUCUGACAACUUCACCUGUAGAGACAUUGAUGAGUGCCUCAACGGCAAUGCCUGCCCAGUCAACUCUCACUGUGUCAACUCCGUACGGAGCUACAGCUGUCAGUGCAAGACUGGCUUCAUGUCCCGGAACUCUACCUGUGAAGAUGUGAAUGAAUGUGAAGACUCUACUGUAUGCCCUGCUUACUCCACGUGCACUGACACCUGGAACAGCUACUACUGCACUUGCAAAAAGGGUUUCCUGCCCAGCAAUGGACUGACACAUUUUAGGGCCCCAGGGGUGGAGUGUAAAGAUAUUGAUGAAUGCACUGAAAAGUGCAAAUGGAGAGCAACCUGUACCAAUACUCCUGGAAGCUACUUUUGCACCUGCCUGCCUGGCUAUGUGUCAAGCAGUGGAGAGCCGACGUUCACAGAAGGACAGGCGUAUUGUGGAGACAUUAAUGAAUGUGACCAAGACCCCUCACUGUGUGGUCCCAAUUCUGUCUGUACCAAUACGUGGGGAUCCUUCAACUGUAGCUGCAUGGUGGGCUUUCAUCUCAGCCCAGAAGACUUCUGGAAAGAUGGCAGCCCCAUCUGCGAAAAAAUUCCAUUCAAGUGUAAAGAAGAUAUUAUAUCUGACACAGAAUGGGCCCAAAGAUGCCAAGAAAGAACAGCGAUGGAGUCUGAAAAUGUGCCCUUUUGUGCUCUGAUGAAUGCCACCAUCAGCAUUUUGGACAAUGUUUGUGAGGACAAAAACACCACCAUUUCUCUGGAGGUAAUGUUUGAGAGUGUUGCUAUUGUGUUUGAGAACACAUCCACAUGGCUCACCUUCGCCAAGAAAGAGAAGUCCCUGCUGGCCACGGUCGUGUUGGAGAGCGUGGAGAGCACCAUGCUGGCAGCCCUCCUGAAACCCUCAGAGAAUACCAGUCAGACGGCCCAGACCAAAUCCUUAGACUUUGAAAGCAAAGUUAUUAAAGAAGAAUGCACUGGAGAGAAUGCUGCCUUUAACUUGAAAGCCAAAGGGGAUGAGAUGAAGAUCGGAUGUUCUACAAUUAAAGAGUCUGAGGCCAGAGGUAUUACUGGGGUGGCUUUUGUCUCCUUUGCAAGCAUGGAGUCUGUUUUAGAUGAGAGCUACUUCCAAGACCCCCAGGAUACCUUGGCCAACCCCAAAAGGAAGCUAAAGAUGGGUUCUCGGGUUGUUGGGGGCAUCACAACUGGGAAGAAGAAAGAUGGCUUCUCGGAGCCAAUCAUCUACACUCUGGAGAAUAUCCAGCCAAAGCAGGAAUUUGAUAAACCUAUAUGUGUUUCCUGGAGUUCAGAUGUGGAGGGUGGGAGAUGGACGCCCUCGGGCUGCAUGGUCCUUGAAGCUUCUGUGAUGCGUACCACCUGCAGCUGCAAUCGGAUGGCGAACCUAGCCAUUAUCAUGGCUUCUGGGGAGCUCACGAUGGAGUUUUCUUUACACAUGAUUAGCCACGUGGGCAUGAUUCUUUCGUUGGUGUGUCUCGCCUUGGCCAUUGCCACGUUCCUGCUGUGUCGUGCCAUCCGUAACCACAACACCUACCUCCACCUGCACCUCUGCAUAUGCUUGUUCCUGGCCAAGAUUCUCUUCCUCACCGGUGUGGACAAGACGGACAACCAGAUAAUCUGCGCCACCAUCGCUGGCGUCCUGCACUACCUUUUCCUCGCCUGCUUCUUCUGGAUGCUGGUAGAAGCGGUGAUGAUCUUCCUCAUGGUCAGGAACCUGAAGGUGGUGAAUUACUUCAGCUCCCGCAACAUCAGAAUGCGGAACCUCUGUGCCUUUGGCUAUGGGCUUCCAGCCCUGGUGGUGGUUGUUUCUGCCAGUGUACACCCACAGGGCUAUGGGAUGCAUAAUCGUUGCUGGCUGAACACGGAGACAGGCUUCAUCUGGAGUUUCUUGGGGCCAGUUUGCACAAUCAUCCUGAUCAACACCAUGCUCCUCACCUGGACGCUGUGCAUCCUGAGGCAGAAGCUGGCCAAUGUCAAUGCUGAAGUCUCCAAGCUCAAAGACAACAGACUACUGACCAUUAAGGCCUUUGCUCAGCUCUUCAUCUUGGGCUGCUCCUGGGUCCUGGGCAUUUUCCAGAUUGGACCCAUAGCCCGUAUCAUGGCCUACCUCUUCACCAUCAUCAACAGCCUUCAGGGGACCUUCAUCUUCCUCAUCCACUGCCUGCUCAACCGUCAGGUGCGAGAAGAAUACAGGAGGUGCUUCACCAGGAAGACCAAGUCCAGCUCCCAGUCCCACACCUCAGGGAUCCUACUGUCCUCCAUGCCCUCCACUUCUCAAAUGUCUUCCCCAACCCCGACGUCAGUCCUGCUCUAUGCAGUAAGGCCUUACCUCUUCACCAUCAUCAACAGCCCGCAAGGGACCUUCAUCUUCCUCAUUGACUGUCUGCUCAACCACCAGAUCAAGCAACGUCACCAUAUAUCCAGUCACUGCACAGAUAAAAUAUCACUAUUUGGAGUGUGGGAAGUUGGUAAAGAAAGAAUUCUCUUUAAAAGACUGACAGAGGAGGAUGUGGUGUUUGGGAGUUGGAGAAAUAAAUCCUGGAUCCUGACCCUGGUCCUGGUCUUGGCCUUGGCCCCUGUCCUGACCCUGGCCCUGACCCUGGCCCUGGCCCUGGCCCUGGCCCUGGCCCUGACCCUGGCCGUGGCCCUACUUCUAGCCCUAGCCCUAGCCCUAGCCCUGGCCCUAGCCAUAGUCCUGGCUCGAGCCUUGGCCCUGGUCCUGGUCCUGGCCCUGGUCUUGGCCCUGGCCCUAGCUCUGGCCGUGGUUCUUGUCCUGGCCCUAGUCCCAGUACUGGCCCUGGCCUUGGUUCUGACCCUGGCCCGGUCCUAA